CCACAGGUGACGCUGGGUACCGCGGAUGGCAACUGUGAUCCCUCGGAUCAGUGCCCGCCCCAGGCCCGCUGGAGCAACCUAUGGCAUGUGGGUCUGAAGAGCACUUGAGCCCUAGGCAGCCUUGGAAACCAGACCCGACCAUCCUCUGCAGAAGGCACAAGGACCGUGCAGUUGUCUGGGGACAGCAUGUCCUGGGAGUGAACCCAAAGCCACCCCUGGCCAGCACUGGAGAGCCAAGCCAGGACUGGCCCCAGCUGGAAGAGACCAGCGCAGGCGGCUCCUCAGGCCUGAAGUCAGCUGAGGAAGUGUUUGGCGCGGAAAGACAUCUCUUGCUUUGUUUUCACCUGUCGGUUAUCCUGUUUUGGGUGGUUAGGCAGGACAGACCCCCCGGGUGCAGGUGCCCAGUGACAGAAGGCCAGUCCAGUGGUAGAUCCUUGCUCUCCCUUGUCAGGCUUACCCUGCUUGCCAUAUUCCUGAUGCUUCUGUGUGGGGUCACAGCCAGUUGUGUACGACUCUGCUGCCUCAGGAAACAGCCUCACACCCAGACACACACGCCAGCAGCAUGGCAGCCCUGUGACGGGACAGUCAUCCCUAUGGACAGCGACAGCCCUGCACACAGCACUGUGACCUCCUACAGCUCCGUGCAGUACCCACUGGGCAUGCGGUUGCCCCUGUACUUUGGUGAGCCAGACCCUGACUCCAUGGUACCCCCCACCUACAGCCUAUACCCUACAGAGCUGCCACCCUCCUAUGAUGAAGUUGUGAAGAUGAUAAAAGCCAGGGAGGAGGCAGCAGCUCCCUCUGAGAGAACCAACCCUCUGCCAGAGGCCUCUGAGCUAGAGACCACUGGAGGGCCCCAGGAGUCAGGCCCCACUCCCUAGCGGCCCUAGCUACACCCGUUUGCAAAGAGUGGGUGUUCUUUCUCCUGGAGCCAUUAAACCCCAUCCUGGAUUCCCGAGACCAAGGAAACCCACCCGUGUCAUCCUUCCCCCGGGAAGGCCAGCCAUCCAGCACAUUGCUGCAGACUCUCGGCCUCAUUGCUAUGCAAUGCCUGGCCAGCCAGCCUGCCCUCCCACCCAUCGGGGCCCAGCAGACCCUCACCACGGAGGAGCCUGGAUCUUGGGAACUCAAGCCCCACUGGCCUGUCAGCCCUCUGAGGGGAAAAUAAAGUUUAUGUAAACGUG